AUGGUAACAUUCUGUUUUGGUGGUUCACCAGAUCCUUCACCAGAACCUUCACCGGAACCUUCACCGGAACCUUCACCAGAUCCAUCACCAGAUCCUUCACCUGAUCCUUCACCGGAUCCGUCACCAGAACCUUCACCUGAUCCUUCACCGGAACCUUCACCUGAUCCUUCACCGGAUCCGUCACCAGAUCCAUCAUCUAACCCUUUGCCUGAUCCUUCACCGCAACCUUCACCUGAUCCGUCACCAGAACCUUCACCAGAUCCAUCACCAGAUCCAUCACCUGAUCCGUCACCGGAUCCUUCAACAGCAAGCGCUGGUAUUUUUGAUGUAUCACUAUCUUGUCGUGAUUCAAUUGGCUUUGUUGCUGCAAAAUUAAUACAUAUAAUAGCUAUGCUGAUGUAA